AGCAGCAUGUGGAGAGCGAAGUCAGUUCUAGUUGAGGAUUCACUCAAAUUAGAGCGCGAAGAUUUAGCUCUUGCUUGACAAACCCCCUCUCUUUUCGUGCAAGAAGUAACGAAGACUGUCUUCAAUUAACAUCAUCUUGUAUUGAAGAUUUGGUAAAGUAAAGCAACAUGCCCGGUCUGUGUCCACGGUGCAAGAAGUCCGUGUACUUCGCGGAGGAGAAGAUCGUGCUCGGCCGCCCAUAUCACAAGAUGUGCAUCAAGUGCGCAAACUGCAACAAGUUGCUUGAUAGCAGCACCUUCACAGAACAUGAGGAAGAAAUGUUUUGCAAAAACUGCUAUGGCAGAUUAUUUGGGCCUAAAGGUUAUGGCUAUGGCAUUGGAGCUGGGGUGCUCUCUAUGGAUGACGGGACCAAAUACCAGAAUGGACCCCCCACAAGCAACAUCCCUGCUGUCAUGGAAGCUUAUGUUGCCCCCCUGAAAGAACCAGCACCCACCGUGAAGCCCUUGAGGCCCAAGUGGGGAGGUGCAGACUAUUGUGUCAGAUGCUCUAAGCAAGUAUUCAUGGCUGAGCGCCUGAUGGCCGCAGGAGGAGCCUGGCACAAGGCUUGCUUCAAUUGCCGAGAAUGCCACAAACGUCUUGAUUCACAUUCUAUCCGUGAGCGUGAACAGGACAUCUAUUGUAACCCCUGCUAUGGGAAGAACUUUGGCCCAAAAGGAUACUGGGGUUGGUCAUCUGCCAAGGUGUCCUAAAUGAUCCAAGAAAAUUCUAUCAAAAGUUUGCAGCAUAUGCUUCAGAUCUCUAACAUCUACAGAAGCUUACAUUAACUAUAGAUAUAUUAGGUGUUGUCACUCUAAUGUUUUGUUCUUCAUGCAUAUAGAAAAUGUGAGCAUUCUUCUUUUUUUCAUGUGGAUGUUUUUUUUUUUUUUUUUUUUUUUUUUUUUCUCUCAAAAUUUUAAUUUAAUUUUAGGGCAUCCUGUGUAUUUCAGCAGCAGCAGGAAACAUUUCCAUCUGCCAUCAUUUUUUUUUUUUUUUUUUUUUUUUUCAUAUUAUUUGAUUUAUUCCAAUGGAAAUUUUAAUGUUAUAACAAGCACUUGUAUUUUAUACUUGGUAUAUUAUAUAAUUUGAAAGAACAGUUAACCUGCUUCAGAGAGAAAGGACAGAUAGAAUCAUAAUGAUGUGGCAUUUGAUCAAUGAAGAAUCUCUCUCUCUCUCUCUCUUUUAUGGUUACAAAUGUAUAUGUAUUUGUUUAAUGUAUGGAAGGUAAUUUCACACAGUCAUUCCUCUUCCUCUUCAAAUCACUUAUUAAUUUUUGUAUGAUCAGUUAUAGAAUGACUUCAUUGAGAAUUCAUAACUCAGUACAAUAUAAAUUGAACCCCUAUUAGUCUAACAAACUAGGUACCAGAUGGGUGCCAGUGUAGUUGAUUUUCAGAACAAAUCAAGCUAAAGAUAAAAAUUCAAUGUAAUGCACACAAUAGACUUUACUCGCUGGUUUUAUAAGACAAUGGCUUAGGUAGACAUUAGCAGUAUAUGGCACAGUGGUGCCACAGGUGGCCAAACACCAGGAUUGCAAACUGAUGACAAAGAGAUUCAAGUCAUUGUCCAGAACCAUCAGAUCUGCCAGACAAGUGAGGGUCAAACUGUAUUUGAGGCCAUUUCUGUCAUAGAAACAGAAGUGCAAACAUUUGAAAGCACCUUUUUGAACAUUCCAUGUCCUUGUUUUUGCAUUCCUGGCACACCUCAUCAUGGACUGUGUCUUUUAUCUGUAUUUAAGCAUAAAUUGGUAUUUGUAAUUCUUAUCUUUUCAUAUUAUCAGUUACUUGGUUAUGGUUUAGACAUAAUAAGUAAUAUAGCAAAGCUGAAGAAGUGUAGAAUCAUGUAUAAUAGAUGCUGCUUCUUGGAAUGUAACUGAAAUUGUUAUUAAAUCUAACUGAAAGAAAUAAUUAAACAAAAUUUCAAUGAAGGUAUACUUACUAGCAUUUAUUACAUCACAGUCUGGAGUUAUGAUUUUCAUUAACAUUAGAAAUUAUGUUUCUUGAGCAUUCUGUCAGACAUUUAUUAGUAGUUUUUCAGUUCAUAUUAAUUUCAUGUUCAGUGAUUUAGUUUAAGUUAUCUCUUUCUCUCUCUAUAUAUACUGACUUAGUUAUAUGGUAAGAUAUUCUUUGAAUUGUAUUUUCCAAGAAAUUGUGGAAGUGAUACAGAUGUGGUUAAAUAGAGUAAUCUCUCACAUGUAUAACUGGUUUUGGUUAGCAUCAUGAUGGGCCUUGAUCUUUUGCAUUUUAUUUUUCUUAUUCAGAACAAUUUAUUACAUAUGGAAAGAUCAAAAUGGCAUUUUAUUUAGUAGAUAAAUGUAAAUUUCAUAUAUUGAAGUUGUACCUAUAUUCAAACAAGGUGUAUGUAUGUGUGUGUGUGUGUGUGUGUGUGUGUGUGUGUGUGUGUGUGUGUGUGUGUGUGUGUGUGUGUGUGUGCGUGUGUGUGUGUGU